UCUGACGGAUUCUCUGUAUAGAAUUCUGAACAGCGCUCUCUCUCUGUUCAGAAAGUAAAAGCAGAGAAAUAGAGAAAAGAAUGUCUAAUCUCCUCAAAGAUUUUCAGGUCGAGGCCAAGAACCCGUCGUUGGAGGCUCGCCAGCGAUGGAGAUCAUCAGUCUCCAUCGUCAAAAAUCGAGCUCGUCGUUUCCGUAUGAUCAGCAAUCUCGAGAAGCUCGCUGAGAAUGAGAAGAAGAGAUGUCAGAUCCAGGAAAAGAUACGGGUUGCGUUCUAUGUUCAAAAGGCAGCUCUUCAGUUCAUUGAUGCUGGUACACGUCGUGAAUAUAAACUCACUGAUGAGGUCAGACAAGCGGGAUUUCACGUGGAAGCUGAUGAACUUGCUUCCAUGGUUCGAAACCACGACACAAGGAGCCUCACUAAAAGCGGAGGAGCUGAAGGAAUCGCUCAGAAACUAUCCGUAUCACUCACUGAAGGUGUCCGUUCAAAUGAUCUAGACAUCAGAGAAAAAAUCUACGGAGCAAAUCGAUACGCUGAGAAACCAGCCAGAUCAUUCUUAACAUUCGUUUGGGAAGCACUUCAAGACGUGACUCUCAUCAUCCUUAUGGUCUGCGCUGUGGUAUCGAUAGGAGUGGGAGUAGCCACAGAGGGGUUUCCAAAGGGAAUGUACGAUGGAACAGGAAUCUUGCUAAGUAUAAUCUUGGUGGUUAUGGUCACUGCUAUCAGCGACUACAGACAGUCUCUCCAGUUCAGAGAUUUGGAUAGAGAGAAGAAGAAAAUCAAUAUUCAAGUCACAAGAGAUGGGAAUAGACAAGAGGUCUCUAUCGAUGACUUGGUUGUUGGAGAUGUGGUUCAUCUAUCUAUUGGUGAUCGAGUUCCAGCUGAUGGGGUUUUCAUAUCCGGAUACAAUCUGGAGAUUGACGAGUCAAGCUUAUCCGGAGAGAGUGAGCCAUCACAUGUCAACAAAGAGAAGCCGUUUUUGCUUUCAGGAACCAAAGUUCAAAACGGGUCUGCGAAGAUGCUGGUGACGACCGUUGGUAUGAGGACUGAGUGGGGGAAGUUGAUGGAGACUUUAAGUGAAGGUGGAGAGGAUGAGACUCCUCUUCAGGUGAAGCUAAACGGAGUUGCUACGAUCAUAGGUAAGAUUGGUUUGGGGUUUGCGGUGCUGACGUUUGUGGUGUUGUGCGUAAGGUUUGUGAUAGGGAAAGCUGCUGCUGGUGGGAUCAGUGAGUGGUCUUCUGAAGAUGCAUUGACGCUGCUUGACUACUUUGCUAUCGCUGUAACCAUCAUAGUCGUUGCUGUACCCGAAGGUUUACCUUUGGCUGUGACGUUAAGUCUGGCGUUUGCUAUGAAGCAGUUGAUGAAGGACAGGGCGCUCGUGAGGCAUCUGGCUGCUUGUGAGACGAUGGGCUCUUCUACUUGCAUUUGCACUGAUAAGACCGGGACGUUAACGACUAACCACAUGGUUGUCAACAAGGUUUGGAUAUGUGAAAACAUCAAGGAGAGGCGAGAGGAGAACUUUGAGCUGAACCUGUCUGAACAAGUUAAGAACAUCCUUAUACAGGCCAUUUUUCAGAACACUGGUUCUGAAGUUGUGAAGGAUAAGGAAGGUAAAACUCAGAUCCUGGGGUCACCUACUGAAAGAGCUAUACUGGAGUUUGGUUUGCUUUUGGGCGGUGAUGUUGAGAUGCAGGGCCGAGAACACAAGAUACUUAAGAUUGAGCCUUUUAACUCAGACAAGAAGAAGAUGUCUGUUCUUACAUCUCACUCCGGUGGCAAGGUACGCGCCUUCUGCAAAGGUGCAUCUGAGAUUGUCCUGAGAAUGUGUGAAAAGGUUGUGGAUUCAAGCGGCAAAUCUGUUCCUCUAUCUGAAGAGAAGAUUGCAGCAGUCUCUGAAGUCAUAGAGGGGUUUGCCUCGGAGGCGUUGAGGACUCUCUGCUUGGUUUACACAGAUCUUGAUGAAGCUCCUAGUGGUGAUCUUCCUGAUGGUGGCUACACGUUGGUUGCGGUUGUUGGAAUCAAGGAUCCGGUUCGUCCAGGUGUUAGAGAAGCUGUACAAACUUGCCAAAACGCUGGAAUCACUGUUCGUAUGGUCACUGGUGAUAACAUAAGCACUGCCAAAGCUAUUGCAAAGGAAUGUGGGAUUCUUACAGCAGGAGGUGUGGCUAUAGAAGGUUCAGAGUUUCGUAACUUGCCUCCACAUGAGAUGAGAGCCAUUUUACCCAAAAUUCAGGUGAUGGCUCGGUCUUUGCCGUUGGAUAAGCAUACACUGGUCAACAAUUUGAGGAAAAUUGGAGAGGUGGUUGCGGUGACUGGAGAUGGAACAAAUGAUGCUCCUGCGUUGCAUGAGUCUGACAUUGGACUUGCCAUGGGAAUAGCUGGAACAGAGGUUGCGAAAGAGAAUGCUGAUGUGAUCAUAAUGGACGACAACUUUGCAACGAUUGUGAACGUGGCGAGAUGGGGACGUGCUGUGUAUAUAAACAUCCAGAAGUUUGUUCAGUUCCAGCUUACUGUUAAUGUCGUUGCGCUGAUCAUCAACUUUGUAUCUGCUUGCAUCACUGGAUCUGCACCACUCACAGCGGUGCAGUUGCUUUGGGUGAACAUGAUCAUGGACACACUCGGUGCAUUGGCGCUAGCGACCGAACCUCCAAACGAAGGUUUAAUGAAACGUCAACCAAUAGGUAGAACCGCAAGCUUCAUCACCAGAGCCAUGUGGAGAAACAUCAUUGGUCAAAGCAUUUACCAGCUAAUCGUCCUCGGCAUUCUCAACUUUUAUGGGAAGCAAAUACUCGAUCUCAACGGUCCGGAUUCAACAGCUGUUCUCAACACCAUCAUCUUCAACUCCUUCGUCUUUUGCCAGGUGUUUAACGAGGUGAACAGCCGAGAGAUAGAGAAGAUAAACGUGUUUGCAGGAAUGUUCAGCAGUUGGGUGUUUGUUGCUGUGAUGACUGCAACAACUGGGUUCCAACUGAUCAUUGUUGAGUUGCUUGGUGCAUUUGCAAGCACUGUUCCUUUGAGCUGGCAACAUUGGCUUCUCUGCAUUGUGAUUGGUUCCAUAAGCAUGAUUCUAGCCGUUGGACUUAAAUGCAUACCUGUUGAGUCCAACAGUCAUCAUGAUGGCUAUGAGCUGCUUCCUUCUGGUCCAUCUGACUCUGCCUGAUCUGACCCCACUUCCUUAGUACGAUUGCUACGUCCAUUUUCUAUAUCGGAUUCGUUUUCUACUUUAGUGAUCUGAUUUCAAUAUGUAUAAAAUCUAACACGCCAAGCGUUACCAGAAGUUUUUUUUUUUUUUUUUUGGAUUGGUUUUCCUUUUUGAUUUCUAAAAGAAAAGCUUGUUGUGUAACAUUCAGUAAAGCUCUAAAAUCAUCAUUCGAGAUCCGGAGCAAGA